UGGUCUGUGUGUGUGCUCAGUCGUUCCAUGCCGCGCAGCGCUAUUUAGUCAUGAGGCUUGGGAACCCAUGGAGUGCUGGUGUGCUAGGGGGUAGUGACUACCUCAGAGAUGCAUUAGAGACAGCACCAGAGAGAUUUGCCAAAACCCUUCGGACCUACACAUAAGGGACAGUGGAGAUACAGGAUAGAGAGAGAGUGGACUACCGGUACCCACCACAGCCUGAGGAGAAACGCAUUGAAGACGGAAGCGAUACAGUUGGAGAUCCGCUGAGGAGAGACUGGGGGUCUUUGGCGAUCCGCUGUAGAGAGACAGGGUAGAGACUGGGGGACUUUGGCGAUCCGCUGUAGAGAGACAGGGUAGAGACUGGGGGACUUUGGCAAUUCCUUUCAGAGACCGUGGGGAUAUUGCUUGCGCUGAGAUACGCGUUGAAGAGAUUUGGAGAUACAAGCUGAAGACCUCAGACAUAAUCAGCUUGUUGGGGAGACCAGUUGGAGACACUGCAUGGGGAUGUUAAUUAGAGACUCGGACUAUACAGAAUAUUUGGGUUAGACGCUUGGAUAUAAAGGCGUCACCCCAGUGAUGUCAGGUGGGGUCAGACACACCCCUGUCCUUCCCUGCUAAAAAGUGUUGUGGGUCUGAGGAAGGGGCUAGGAUUUUGGGGUGUCUGGAUGACAGCACAAUUGUGUUAACCACACCAGUGCUUUCCUCUCGCUCCAGCUUAUCUACUCCGUCUCUGUCGCUCCCCUUGUGUCUGUCUCUCCCUCUGUCUUUUUAGCUCUCCUUUUCUCUCUUUUUUUCUCUUCCUCCCCCAUGGGAAAGUUAAUAAAGAGAAUGAAAGCAGAAGCACCGUUUUAAGGUAAAUCCACCACGAUUAGUCUGACUGUAGGACUGCUGCAGCUAUAGAACCUGAAGCAACAGCCAGUAAGCUUAGAAACUGAGUGGAUUACGAGACGCAUCAUGUGGACCCAGUCAGGAUACUGCCAUCACUUCCCCGGACAUCCCUUCUACCAUGCGUCCUCCUGCAGCCAUAACCAGAGGACCACGUCGUUCCGGCACCCCGUGACGGGACAGGUGUCUCGGGAGAACGUGGAUUUUAUCCUCCAAGAACAGCCAGGUGGCCGUAUGUCCAACCCCCAGCAGGCCGACUUGCGGCUUUCCAGCACCAUCAGCGAGGCUUCGACUGUGGUCACCGCUUCGGGGUCAAAGGGCUCCAGGUCCAGUGGGAGGGUGCUACAUUUUGGGAAGCGAGAGCAGUCCAUCAAGAGGAACCCCAACGUCCCAGUGGUGGUGAGAGGAUGGCUCUACAAACAGGACAGCUCUGGGAUGAGGCUUUGGAAGAGGAAGUGGUUUGUGUUGGCUGACUACUGCCUGUUCUACUACAAAGACAGUAGGGAAGAGUCAGUCCUGGGUAGUAUUCCUCUGCCCAGCUAUGUCAUCUCAGCCGUGGAGCCUGAAGACCACAUCAUCCGCAAGUACGCCUUCAAGGCCAGCCACACGGGCAUGCGCUCCUACAUUUACAACCGGAGCUCUGUGAUUGGCUCGCAGGCGGAGCACAGCGGCAUGCGGACCUACUUCUUCAGCGCCGACACACAAGAAGACGUGAACGGCUGGGUGAAGGCCAUGAACCAGGCGGCGCUGAUGCAGAACCACACCGCCAGCCUCAAGAGACCUUCGGAAACAUCGGAGAUAUCGGAAAUGCCCAGCGUGUCGGAGCGCCAGGCAGUACCCCAAACCAACCACGUCAACAACUACACCGAGACCGUCCCCCUUCCCCCAGUUGAUCUCCAUAACGAUGGGGUGGUCCUCCAACCGGCUGACAUCCACCGAGAAACCGAGCAGCACUGUAACUUCUGGAACGACACCCCCAAUCCCAUUGCUUCAGAAAUUGUCCUUGGUGGUGGGAACGUGGAAAUUGAAAUGGAUGCCGUCCCUCCUAGCAGUCUCUCUCCCGUUCCGCCGUACUCAGCCUCCUCAACUACAUCUGCGCCCCCCUCCAGGGCGCCAAUGUGCGCCCCGUCGUGCACUGCCUCAACCCUACCCCCCGGGGCCUGUUUGAGGAACGGGACACCCACCCUGGAGCCCAAUGGGAUGGGGACGGGGACGUACCAGAGGGCCACCCUGCCCCCCCAGGUGAUGGAUACUCACAGGCAGGUGCAGAGGAGGAGUGCCCUGGAGCAGGUGGAACACUGGGUCAAGGUGCAGAGGGUCGAGCACAAAGGUCCACCCUCUAGAGGGAGCACCCUGCCCCGCCACACCCCUCCGACUCAGCCCACGUUCAUCGGCCUGGAGGCCUACCAGACACUACCAAAGACCCCACGCCACAGCCCCCCCACGGCUGCACGCCACGGGGAGUACAAAUACGCCCAGGACCGCCUUAGCCACUUCCGCCUCGGACCCCUGAACUCCCAGGGUACCGGUGCCAGGGACGGGGGUGGCAUCGGUGGGCCUGGCACCGUGUGGCAGCUGUAUGAGUGGCAGCAGCGCCACCAGUUCCGCCACGGCAGCCCCACCGCCCCCCUUUACACACCUGCCCCGGACUACCCCAUCGGGCACCGGCCGCCCUACACGGUCCCCCCCUCAGCCCCACGGCCCUGCUCUGAGGUGCCCCGCUGUGUGUCAGUGCCCCCUGAUCCCUCUGACAUCCCUCCACUGGGACCCCCACGGGGCUCCAGGGCCCUGUCCCCCCCGCGGAGGCCGCAUACGCCUGCUGACCGGGUGGUGGUAAUGCCCCUGGGAGAGAGGCCCGCGCUGGAUGUGCCUGUGGCUGGGUCCCCCCGGAGAGCCAAGUCUCAGCUGCUCAACGCUGCCACCAUCGACAGACGGUCCAUCCCUCCUUCCGGUUACAUCACACACACGGUCAGCGCGCCCAGCCUUCACGGGAAGACGCCGGAGGAACUCACCCUCCUGCUCAUUCAGCUCCGGAGGCAUCAGGCAAAGAUGGCCUCCGCGCGCCACCACACAGUAACCCAGAUGCAGCACUUCAACUACAGCCCCUCUGGCCCUCACCUCCGCACCACCAACAACAACCCCCUCUUCUCCUCCGGCCCUUCUUCUCUGGGGUCGUUACUAGGCCCCAUGGGCUGCGGCAGCAGCAGCCAGGUUGACGAUACUUACAUGCAACUGAAGAAGGACCUGGAGUAUCUAGACUUGAAGGUGGUUGGAAGUCAGACGUUGAAAGAAGCGACGAAACCUGUCAAAAUAGCUGAGAGUGACGUCGAUGUGAAACUCAGUGGGUUAUGUGAGCAGGACAAGAACCUGAAGGAACUGGAGGUCCGGAUCAGCUCUCUGAAGGACGAUAAGGAAAAGCUGGAGUCGGUUCUGGACCUGUCCCGCCAACAGAUGGAGCAGUACAGAGACCGGCCGGCCCACCUGGAGAAGAUAGCCUACCAGCAGAGACUCCUACAGGAGGACGUGGUGCACAUCAGGGCCCAGAUCUCCAGAGUGUCCACGGAGAUGUUCCGGGCCUGGGAGGAGUACAGCAGGCUGGAGAGCUCAGUGGAACAGCUGAGGACUGCGCUACAGACCACCAUGAACUACAGCACGACCUCUCAGCGGGAGAAAUCGGAGAUAAAGCGGGAGCUGUGGAGAAUGGAGGACGUGAUGGCAGGGCUGAGCGCCAGCAAAGCCAACUACAAGAUCACCAUCGACUCAGUGCAGAACCCAGAGAGGAAACUAGUGCCUUCGGUGUUGGACCCUGCAGUGCCUUCCCAGUGCCCUACACCCCCACUAGGGGAAGUUAGGCCCCCUCCUCACAGCUCCUACAUACUGCCUCACAACCCUGUGCCAAAGUGGGCAGAAGAUGAGGCUCCUCCCAGGCCGCCCCUGCCCCACCUCUACGACUAUGAAGACCCGCCCCCCACCAUCCCGCCCCUCCCCAAAGAGGCAGCAGCGGUCGUAAGACACACGUCGGUUCGAGGGCUCAAACGCCAGUCAGACGAGAGGAAGAGAGACCGUGAGGUCGGAGGGUGUGUCAACGGAGACUGUAAGGUGGAGCUGCGGUCAUACCUCAGUGAACCAGAGCUGCCAGGGAUGGGCUGGAGCAGCACAGGGUCUGAGGGGGGCUACCAGACCCUCCCAAACAAAGGUCUGUCAGGCUCAUCGUCGCGGCUGAACCAGUCCAGUAAUAUCUCCUCCUACGUGACCCUAAGGAGAGGAGUGGCCGGCUCAGCAGGGAGGGAGAGACCUAAGAGUGCCUUGGAGCAGCUGUACUCUUCCGACCAGCAGCCGCAGUCUCUGGCCCAGGCCCCCCGGGGCCGCAUGAGUGCUGAGGAGCAGCUGGAGCGUAUGAAGAGACACCAGAGGGCCCUGGUCCGCGAGCGCAAGAGGAACCUCAGCCAGGGAGAACGUCACUCCACCACCCAUCGUUCCUCCUCCUCCACCAGGCCUCUCUCCUCCACUGACCUGUGCUCAUGGAGGCGAGAGCAGCAGGACUUUGAUUUGCAGCAGGAGCAGAAAGCUCAGGUGGUGGAGCGACAGGGUGCCGAGGGCCAGAGCGACGAGGGGCGUAGAGAGCUGAAGGAAAGGGAGAGGAUCCAAUCAGAUGAGUGGCUCACGGUGAUGGCCACGCCCAUGAGGGGGACUGACAUGGAGCCCCUCGACUACGACCUGGACCUCAGUCGUGAGCUGUCCAAGCCCCAGAAGGUGCCUAUCUCAGAGCGCUAUGUGGAGUCAGACCCCGGGGAGCCUCUGAGCCAGGAGCAGAUGGAGGAGCGUCAACACAGAGCAGAACGCAUCAUAAACAUCCUGGCCAAAUCCAAUGUUCAGAACACACAUCUGUCGUCUGGUGUGGCUGUCCCACUGGACUUUACUGAUCUGGACCUAGCCAUGCAGCAGCAGAAGAGGAUUAUGAAUGUGUCUCACGCCUUGGCUUCUGAAGCCUCCAUCAAGAGCAAGCAGUUCACAGCCAAAGCUCAGCUGAGUGCUGACUGACCAUUGACACAGACGCCAAGGCACCGACAGGACAUCCGUGGAUGAAAAUAGUUGAUGGGCAAAGGAUCUAAUACUAAACAUUUUCAGCAAUUAAUGCCGGAGUGAUGUUUUAUAAUACUUUUUAUUGGAGUUAAAACGCAAUAAUAAUGUUUUCUUUUAAAGAACCAAAAGGAAUUAUUUGAAACUCAACGUGUACCUAAUGUUAAGUUUGAAUUGGAGUUGUGUUUUGCACUUUAAUGUUGUGUGUAAUUGUUAACACUACUAGUUUUUGCAACAGAGAAUCAUUAGCUGUGGUCUAUAUUUCUAAAUAAAUAAGUUCUCGGCAAUGUUUUAUAGGUGGUUGAGAUGGAAACGUAAUUAUGACAUGAAUCAUAUAUUUAUUUUAUUUUGACUAAUGAAAGACAAUCUUGCACUCUUUGUAGCUCAGCACUGCCAUGUAACGCUUUUGCCAAUCAACUGUAUUGUAUUAUGUGUAUUUUAAAAGGGAAAUAAACCAUAAUUAUGUUUUAUGGAAAUAAAGGUUUUAACAAAACA